ACCUCUCUGUUCAACGUAAACUGCCUCUCCCAUACUCUGGCUCUCGAAAUGGUGAACCAGAAGCGAAGGGCUGGAAGGAAGAAGUUCCAGGAGACUCGUCAUCCAACAUACAAAGGCGUGAGGCAAAGAAACGGCAAGUGGGUUUGCGAGCUUCGGCAACCUAACAACAACAAAGCACGCUUGUGGCUCGGCACUUUUGCCAACCCUGCCACGGCUGCCAUAGCCCACGACGUCGCUGCUCUUUCUUUCAAGGGCGAUUCUGCGUCCCUGAAUUUCCCUGACGCUGCCUCCUCCUUGCCCCUUAAUCCACACACCUCCUCCCUCAGGUCCAUCCAGUUCGCGGCCAUGGAAGCGGCUGAGAAGCGUCUCUGCGGUGACGAUGCUGGGAAAAACGUCUCGGCUUUGUCUCUGGACUGUAACUCUGAGUACUCGGAAGCAUUAGAAGAAGGAGGGGACGCGGCGGCGAGGAGCAUGUAUUGGGAUGAAGAAGAGGUAUUUAACAUGCCUGCACUCAUGAACAGUAUGGCAGAAGGGUUGAUCAUCACACCGCCAGCCUUGCAGAGAGGCUUCAACUGGGAUGACAUCGAAACUACCACCGACUUGACUCUCUGGGGAGACUGA